AUUGGAAUAGUAGUGCACGAAACGCUGCAUGCACUUGGCCUUUGGCACGAACAAUCACGUAGCGAUCGCGAUGAGCAUAUCUGGAUUAACUAUAUCAAUAUUUAUCCGGGAACGCAAGGCAAUUUUGAGAAACGAACAACACUGAAUAGCGAUAACAUGGAACAACCCUACGAUCUUGGCUCAGUGAUGCAUUAUGGAUCGCGAGCUUUCACUACCAACUUCGAUAGGUAUACAAUCGAGACACGCGAUCGACGCUAUCAACGUACAAUCGGUCAGCGUCAGGGCCUCUCUUUCAAGGACGCAAAAAUGAUCAAUCGCCGUUACUGCAAGAGUAACUUUUUUUUGCAAUAA